UCCCCGCGCUGCUUCUGCCGAUGGGGUUGCCGAAGUGGGAGGGGGUCGUGGAGGGCGUUUCCCCGGUCGCCGCGCGGCGUCACUCCCAGCAUGCAGCGCGGCCCGCUCCUGCCGCCGCCGCCGCUGCCGCCGCCUCUCCUGUCACCGCCGCCGCCUCUCCCGCCGCCGUCACUUUCGCAGCUGCUGCCGCCGGCGCCGCGGGGCUGGGAGACAUGGCGGAGGGAGGCGCGGCGGACCUGGAGACCCAGCGCUCGGACAUCGCGGCGCUGCUCAAAACGGCGCUCCGCAAGGGCGACACCUGGUAUUUAGUGGAUAGCCGCUGGUUCAAACAGUGGAAAAAGUAUGUUGGAUUUGACAGCUGGGACAAAUAUCAGAUGGGAGAUCAGAAUGUUUAUCCUGGUCCUAUUGACAAUUCUGGACUUCUCAAAGAUGGGGACUGUCAGUCUCUCAAGGAACAUCUCAUUGAUGAGCUGGACUACAUUCUUUUACCAACUGAAGGCUGGAACAAGCUAGUUAGCUGGUAUACUCUUAUGGAUGGCCAGGAACCAAUUGCACGCAAGGUAGUUGAACAGGGUAUGUUUGUCAAGCACUGCAAAGUAGAAGUAUAUUUGACCGAAUUAAAAUUGUGUGAAAAUGGAAAUAUGAACAAUGUAGUAACAAGAAGAUUUAGUAAAGCUGACACAAUCGACACAAUUGAAAAGGAGAUAAGGAAAAUCUUCAAUAUUCCAGAUGAAAAAGAGACCAGGUUGUGGAACAAAUACAUGAGUAACACAUUUGAACCUUUAAAUAAACCAGACAGUACCAUACAGGAUGCUGGCUUGUACCAGGGGCAGGUAUUAGUGAUAGAACAAAAAAAUGAAGAUGGAACAUGGCCAAGGGGUCCCUCAGCUCCAAAGUCCCCAGGUGCAUCCAAUUUUUCAACUUUACCAAAGAUCUCUCCAUCUCUAUCAAAUAAUUAUAACAACAUCAACAACAGAAAUGUGAAAAACUCAAAUUAUUGCCUCCCCUCAUAUACUGCUUAUAAGAAUUAUGACUACUCAGAGCCAGGAAGGCACAAUGAACAGCCUGGACUCUGUGGCCUAAGUAACUUGGGAAAUACAUGUUUCAUGAACUCAGCAAUUCAGUGUCUGAGCAACACCCCUCCACUCACAGAAUACUUCCUCAAUGAUAAGUAUCAAGAAGAGCUGAAUUUUGACAAUCCUUUAGGAAUGCGAGGUGAAAUUGCAAAAUCUUAUGCAGAACUCAUUAAACAGAUGUGGUCAGGAAAAUACAGUUAUGUCACUCCAAGAGCCUUUAAGACACAGGUAGGACGAUUCGCACCACAGUUUUCUGGAUAUCAGCAACAAGAUUGCCAAGAACUUCUAGCUUUUCUUCUUGACGGCCUACAUGAAGACUUGAAUCGUAUUAGGAAAAAGCCUUAUAUUCAAUUAAAAGAUGCUGAUGGUAGGCCUGAUAAGGUGGUUGCCGAAGAAGCUUGGGAGAACCAUUUGAAGAGAAACGAUUCCAUCAUUGUAGAUAUAUUUCACGGACUUUUUAAAUCAACCCUAGUUUGUCCAGAAUGUGCUAAGAUCUCCGUAACAUUUGACCCCUUUUGUUACUUGACUCUUCCGCUACCCAUGAAAAAAGAACGCACUUUGGAAGUUUAUUUAGUUAGAAUGGAUCCGCUUGCCAAACCUAUGCAGUAUAAAGUAGUAGUUCCAAAAAUUGGAAAUAUACAGGAUCUCUGCACAGCAUUGUCAACUUUGUCUGGUGUGGCCGCAGAUAAGAUGAUAGUUACUGAUAUAUACAAUCAUAGGUUCCAUAGGAUAUUUGCAAUGGAUGAGAAUCUGAGUAGUAUUAUGGAGCGUGAUGACAUUUAUGUAUUUGAAAUUGGCAUCAACAGAACUGAAGAUACGGAGCAAAUUGUAAUUCCAGUUUGUUUAAGGGAGAAGUUUCGGCACAGCGGUUACAGCCACCACAGUGGUUCCACACAUUUUGGUCAGCCUUUCCUUAUAGCAGUGCCUAGAAACAAUACUGAAGAUAAGCUGUAUAAUCUUCUGCUUUUGAGAAUGUGCCGAUAUGUGAAAACUUCUACUGAAACAGAAGACACCGAAGCAUCCUUGCAGUGCUGCAAGGACAAUGGUAUCAAUGGUAAUGGCCCAAAUGGAAUUCAUGAAGAAGGAUCCCCAAGCAAUGCCGCUAUAUCCUCCAUCCCAGGUGAAAUGGAAACUGAUGAACAAGAUGAUGAAUCCAGCCAGGAUCAGGAACUUCCUUCUGAAAAUGAAAACAGCCAGUCAGAAGACUCUGUUGGAGGGGACAAUGAUUCCGAGAAUGGAUUAUGCACAGAGGACUCCUGCAAGGAUCAACUUAUAGGGCACAAAAAGCGAUUGUUCACAUUCCAGUUUAAUAGUUUAGGCAAUACUGACAUCAAUUAUGUUAAAGAUGACACCAGGCAUAUUAGAUUUGAUGACAGGCAACUUAGGCUAGAUGAAAGAUCUUUCUUGGCUUUGGAUUGGGAUCCCGAAUAUAAAAAGCGAUUCUUCGAUGAAAAUGCCGCUGAGGAUUUUGAAAAACAUGAGAGCGUGGAAUAUAGACCUCCCAAAAAGCCCUUUGUGAAAUUAAAAGAUUGCAUUGAAUUGUUCACAACAAAGGAAAAGCUAGGUGCUGAAGAUCCAUGGUAUUGCCCAAAUUGUAAAGAACAUCAGCAAGCUACCAAAAAACUAGACUUGUGGUCGCUGCCACCAGUACUGGUAGUGCAUUUAAAACGUUUUUCUUACAGCAGAUACAUGAGAGAUAAGUUGGAUACUUUGGUUGACUUCCCUAUAACUGAUUUGGAUAUGUCGGAAUUCCUUAUUAAUCCAAAUGCUGGGCCUUGCCGCUAUAAUUUGAUUGCAGUUUCAAACCACUAUGGAGGAAUGGGUGGAGGGCAUUACACUGCUUUUGCAAAAAAUAAAGAUGAUGGGAAAUGGUACUACUUCGAUGACAGUAGCGUGUCCACUGCAUCUGAGGAACAAAUAGUGUCCAAAGCAGCAUAUGUGCUCUUCUACCAGAGACAGGACACAAUAACUGGAACUGGCUUUUUCCCUCUUGACCGGGAAACUAAACAAGGUGCUUCUGCCGCCAUAGGCAUCCCAUUAGAGAGUGAUGAAGACAGUAAUGAGAAUGACAAUGAUAUAGAGAAUGAAAAUUGUAUGCACACUAACUAAUGGAAGACCUAGAAGCCAUACAGAGAAAAACUUUCUUGUGGGAGAUACCUACUAAAGCAUUGAAAUUACCCACCAAAUUAAAAAUAAAAUCUGAGAUGGGAAAUUUCAGAUGACAGAAUGUAAAUCCUUAUUACAUUUUAACUUGUGCAGUACUUGAAGUGAAACACAAUGAAAACGUUAACAGAAUUUGUCUCCUAUUACCUUUGCAAUCUUGUAUUCACAAGCUAUAUACGUAUAGGAAAUCACAAAUAAACCCCUUUACAAUUUCUG